AUGGAGACGACAAAGCUGCCCCCGUCCUCGCCGUCCUCGCCGACCACCAGCUUCUCGGUGCCGUCCGCGGAGAAGGUGGACGGCUUCCCGCGCAGGUCCAUGCGCAGAGCCCGGCAGAGGAGGUCCCACAGCUCGUCCCAGUUCCGCUACCAGAGCUCCCAGGUGGAGCUCACCCCGCUGCCCCUCCUCAAAGACGCCCCGGUGGCAGAGUUACACGACCUGUUCUGUAAGAAGCUGCAGCAGUGCUGCGUGCUGUUUGAUUUCCUGGACUGCGUGGCCGACCUGAAGGGGAAGGAGAUCAAACGUGCGGCUCUCAACGAGCUGGUCGAGAGUGUGGCCACCAGCAGAGGAGUCCUCAUCGAACCUCUCUACCCAGAGGCUAUAAAGAUGAUCUCAGUAAAUAUCUUCCGGACUCUCCCGCCCAGCGAGAAUCCAGAGUUUGACCCUGAGGAAGAUGAGCCGACACUGGAAGCCUCCUGGCCACAUCUGCAGCUGGUGUACGAGUUCUUUCUGCGUUUCCUGGAGAGCCCGGACUUCCAGCCCUCAAUGGCCAAACGCUACGUGGACCAGAAGUUUGUCUUGCAGCUCCUGGAGCUGUUUGACAGUGAGGACCCCAGGGAGCGGGAGUACCUGAAGACCAUCUUGCAUCGUGUCUAUGGAAAACUACUGGGCCUCCGAGCCUACAUCCGCAAACAAAUCAACAACAUCUUCCUCAGGUUCAUAUAUGAAACUGAGCACUUCAACGGAGUUGCAGAGCUGCUGGAAAUCCUCGGCAGCAUCAUUAAUGGCUUCGCUCUGCCUCUGAAGGCCGAACAUAAGCAGUUCCUGGUUCGGGUCCUCAUCCCGCUACACACAGCAAAGUCCCUUUCCAUCUUCCAUGCACAGCUGGCCUACUGUGUGGUGCAGUUUAUGGAGAAAGAUGCUACAGUCACUGAAUAUAUCAUCAGAGGGCUGCUCAAGUACUGGCCAAAAACCUGCACGCAGAAAGAGGUGAUGUUCCUGGGGGAGAUUGAGGAAAUUCUGGAUGUGAUUGAGCCAUCUCAGUUUAUUAGAGUGCAGGAGCCUCUCUUCAAACAGAUUGCAGCCUGUAUCUCCAGCCCUCAUUUCCAGGUAGCGGAGCGGGCGCUUUACUUCUGGAACAACGAAUACAUCCUCAGUCUGAUAGAGGAGAACUGUCAAGUCAUCCUGCCGCUGGUAUUCGCCACCCUCUACAGAGUCUCCAAGGAGCACUGGAACCAGACCAUCGUGUCUCUGAUCUACAACGUGCUGAAGACCUUCAUGGAGAUGAACAGCAAGCUGUUUGAUGAGCUCACUGCCUCCUACAAAGUGGAGAAACAGAAAGAGCUGAAGCGAGAGAGGGAGCGUGCAGACCUCUGGCGAAGCCUGGAGGAGCACCAGGAGCGCCGGAUGCAGAUGCUCACCGAGGCCGCCAGGAACCAGCGCAACCUCCAGGAGCGAGGCGAGAGAGGGGACCCGCCGACCCCUUCGUCCCCACAGACGGCUCACUCCGACCAGCCCGAGCCCAAACCCAGCGGGGCCUCCUCUGGAGCCGGGGAGAGCGCCACCUAA